AUGAUAUCUGUAAUCCAUACACGUCAUCAAGCCGAGUUCGAGCGACGUCUAAAACUUAUUCAACCGGCUUUGGAUCGCGUUAAGUUGUUGCUGCGUCAUGGUCAAAGGCAGAAGAGACUGGUAAAUAGUCAGAUUUACGUGUCCGGAGAGUGCGCGGCAUGGCUAGUCGGUCGCGUCGGAAGAUUUAAUGUCAUUGACAUUUUUGCCAUGGGAUAUACACCAGAAGAUUUUACUUUCCCUUCCAACGAGACAAAUGAAGAGAUAACGGAAUUCUAUACCGCCAAUUUUACACAGGCAAUCGAUUUCUAUACAGAUGGUACUGAUUCCAAACCACCUAUAAAGGUAAUAUUCUCAAAUUUUGAUUUUACGGUGGUAUCAGUUUUUAUCAACCUAUUCGACACCGGAUUAAUUUUCACCAAUGAUUGUCUAUGUAAUUAUUGGAGGUGCACGGUGACUAAUGACGGCUGCUUGAUACAUGGUGAUGUAGACUAUCCACAAUUGUUCGAUGUGUCACACGAUAAAAAAACAUUAAUGGCUUUUCCAAAGUUAAGGCCUAAAAUUCGAAACUUUUUCCAUGGAAAUACCCGCAGUCGUGAGGAGUAUAAUGGCAAAAUGUCUGUUGAACCCAGUCGCAGGAAUAAGUAUUCUAUGCGCUUGUUUCCUAACACAUUGACUACUACUAAACCUCGCGACUUGGCCAUGUCAUUUUGUGAUUAUAAAAUGUAUUGUCAGUACUGUAAGCGUCGCCAUAACUUGGCAGUCAAGUAUGUAAAUUUAUGGAGACAUAAGACAUAUGCAAUGCCACACGGUUAUGGCUAUAAAGCAGCUCUUGCGCGUUUUAAAACACAGAAAACCAUGGAUAGUUACAAUAAUUUCUACAUUGUCAAUCACUGUAUAUGUACAAAUAUACAAUCAGCAUCAUUAUGA